AUGAGUGGAGCAAUCAUAUUCAUACAUGAAGAUUUGAAGAUAACCGAGGAGCAGGAAGAAGUUCUUGUAGGGAUUUUGAGUAUAAUAUCACUUCUUGGCAGCUUAGCUGGUGGGAGAAUAUCGGAUUCUAUAGGUCGAAAGUGGACAAUGGCCUUGGCCGCUUUCAUCUUUCAAACAGGUGCUGCUAUAAUGACAAUUGCUCCUUCAUUUCAAGUACUGAUUAUAGGAAGACUUGUGGUUGGGAUUGGUAUUGGUUUAGGAGUUACAGUUGCUCCAGUCUAUAUUGUCGAGAUAUCACCCACUGUUACAAGAGGCUUCCUCACCUCCUUCCUAGAGAUAUUCAUGAAUUUAGGAAUCUUGCUUGGUUAUGUCUCGAAUUAUGUGUUUUCAGGUUUUCCUGUACACAUAAACUGGAGAAUUAUGCUGGCAGUUGGAAUUCUUCCCUCUAUUUUUAUUGGAAUUGCACUGUUUGUAAUUCCUGAGUCACCAAGGUGGUUGGUUUUGCAGAACCGUGUAGAAGAAGCAAGAUCAGUCCUGUUGAAAAUAAGUGACAAUGAGGUAGAGGUGGAGGAGAGAUUUGCUGAAAUACAACUUGCUGCUGGACAUGCUAAUGUAGAGAAAUACAAAGAGAAAGCUGUUUGGCGCGAAUUGUUGAGGCCUUCCCCUUCAGUUCGUAGGAUGCUUAUAGUCGGGCUUGGACUCCAGUGUUUCCAGCAGAUUACUGGAUCAGAUGCCAUUGUGUAUUACAGCCCUGAAAUCUUCAAGGAAGCCGGGAUUAAGAGCAAUUCAAAGCUUCUUAUGGCUACAGUUGCUGUUGGAUUUAUGCUUACCCUUGCUUUCCUAGGGAAUGGACAGACUGGAAUUGCAUUAGCAAUUUUGUUUGUCUGUGGAAAUAUGGCUUUCUUUUCUGUGGGGAUUGGUCCUGUUUGCUGGAUUUUAACAUCUGAAGUUUUCCCUUUGAAGUUGCGCGCUCAAGCAACGGCUCUUGGGGUUGUGGGGAAUAGGGUUUCUAGUGGCUUGAUUGCCAUGUCUUUUCUCUCCGUCACAGGUGCAAUUACUUUUGCCGGAACAUUCCUCAUCUUCUCAGGAAUCUCAGCUCUUUCGGUUCUCUUUAUCUACGCACUUGUUCCUGAGACAAAAGGAAAAUCAUUGGAGCAAAUUGAAUUGCUAUUUCAGGAUGAAGCAGGGAGUGGUGAAAUGGACAUGAGAAAUAACCAGCGUUUCGUGUAG